UCUAAACUCUUUCGGAAUGAUUUUUCUCAAAAAGAAACCGUAUUAAAAUUUCGUAAAUAUUUCAGUGAAAAUCUUGAGUACAAUUUGCAAAAACAAACACACACACGCCAAGAACAAAUUAAGGUUUAUCAAAAUUUUCGGUAUACCCGAGACCAUGGAUGUCCUCUCAAUAAAUCAGCAGAUAUAUAUCCGUCGAUCCGACGGUCGUGUGCAUCUGGCAGGCAUCAUCAAAUUGGAUGGCAGCAGCAAAAACCUUGUGACCGUGGAGUGGCGUGAGGGCGAGCUAACCCGUGGCAAGGAAGUCGCUUUGGAUGCAAUCAUUGGUCUCAAUCCGCAGAUCUAUGGAACGCCUUGCAACAAACGAGGAGCCGCAUCAGCUCAAGCCAAUGCUAUGGUGUCCAUAGCUCCGCGGCCGGCCAAUCCACAGCUCCAUCUUCCUAACCUGAAUGGUUUCAUUGUGCCACGCCUUGCAGCAGGCAGCGCCGCACAAUCAGCUGUGGUAACUGCCACGCCGCGGCAGACCGUGCAACUAAACAUCACUCAGGAUGAUGUUGUGCACAAGAUGGAGCGACUUCGCAUGCAACGCGAGUGCCGUCGUCAGCUGAAUAGUCAAACACGAGCGCUGCGUCAGUGGUGCAUGAACUCGUACUCGGGCAAUCCGAAUUGGGAGGUUGCACGCAUGCUGCAUUUGUAUCGCCUCGAAAUGGAUUUACAACCGGCGCAGAGUCUGGCCAGCCGAUCCAACAAACAACAUCAGAUACUCGUGUGUGUGCGUAAACGUCCGCUAAAUCUGCGAGAGCUGAAGACGCAGGAACUGGACAUGGUAAGUGUGCCUCACGAAGAGCUGUUGGUGGUGCACGAGCCGCGCAAGCAAGUCACGCUGGCCAAGUUCCUGGAGCACCAUCACUUUCGUUUCGACCACACCUUCGACGAACAUUGUAACAAUACUCAGGUAUAUGAGCGCACGGCACGCCCACUUGUGAGACAUAUCUUUGAGGGCGGCAUGUCCACGUGCUUCGCCUACGGCCAGACGGGCAGCGGAAAAACCCACACCAUGGGUGGCGAGUUUAUGGGCAAACAGCAGAAUUGCCGCGAUGGCAUCUAUGCCCAGGCUGCCAACGAUGUGUUCGCCAUGCUGCUGCUGCCUUGCUAUGCUCGUCUGGGACUUACGGUCAGCUGCAGCUUCUUCGAGCUGUAUGGCAGUCGGGUCUACGAUCUGCUUAUGUCGGGCAAGCCGCAACUGCGUGUGCUCGAGGAUGGCCAGCAGCAUAUACAAGUGGUGGGACUCACUGAAGAGCCAGUUCAAAAUACCAAUGAUGUGCUCACGUUAUUAGAAUUAGGCAAUAGUGUGCGCACCUCUGGUCAGACAUCGGCCAACUCCAAGUCGUCACGUUCCCAUGCGGUUUUCCAGAUUGUAUUGCGCUCGGCAGCCCAAAAGAGUCUUCAUGGCAAGUUCUCGCUCAUCGAUCUCGCUGGCAAUGAGAGGGGUGCAGACAAUUGUUCCGCCAAUCGGCAGACACGGCUUGAGGGAGCGGAGAUUAACAAGUCUUUGCUGGCGCUGAAGGAAUGCAUUCGUGCCUUGGGUCGCCAAUCGGCGCAUUUGCCAUUUAGAGGCUCUAAGUUGACGCAGGUGUUGCGUGAUUCAUUUAUUGGUGGCAAGAAGGUUAAAACCUGCAUGAUAGCCACCAUUUCACCAGGCUUGCAUUCAGUGGAGCACACGCUCAAUACUCUACGCUAUGCGGAUCGAGUUAAGGAACUAACGCCACAAUUACGCAAGAAAGGCGCAAAGAAACCGAUUCUUAAUAUAGAGAUUCCAACAAUUGUGCAGACCAAUUCGCUGCCCGAUAUUACCAAUCAGGAGAAUCAAUUAAAUCGUGUCUCUUCCAGCGCUUCUCUCCCUGAAGCUGAGCACCUUAACAAUGAUGUUUGGAGUGCUUUUAGUAAUAACCGCGAGCUAGAAGACGACAAUUUGGAAUACUUUAAUCAGGCAACCGACGACUAUUCGCCAUCACAAGCGAGAGGUGCGAGUUCAUCUCUAAAAACGCAACAAUCUCAAACCAAUUUCUAAUGACAAUGCCGCUGUCCUCAAACAAUUUUAUACUCAAUUUUUAAUUUUUUUGAGAAAAAUCUAAAUUAUGCUAAUGUAUUAAAAGCAAAAACUAUUUUUA